AUCGGAACGAGGAAGACUUUGAGAGGUUUGGCCGGCCGGCGAUCAGGCUCAUCGACCAUGACCGAUGUAUUCCAGGGCUACGAGCGCCAGUACUGCGAGAUCUCGGCCUCCCUCUCCCGCAAAUGCACGGCCGCCGCCUCCCAGGAGGGAGAGAAACUGAAGCAGAAGGCCUCGAAGAUCAAAUCCAGCAUCGAUGGCCCCGAGGCACUGAUAAGGAAGAUGGAUCUUGAAGCAAGGAACCUCCAGCCGAGCCUGAGGGCCGGGCAACUGGCGAAACUGAGAGAGUACAAGUCGGAUCUUAACAAUCUGAAGGGGGUGUUGAAGAGAAUCACUGCUGGUAAUGGCCAACAAGGGGCGAGAGAGGAGUUGCUGGAGUCAGGAAUGGCAGAUAUGUUGGUGGUAUCUGCUGAUCAAAGGUCAAGAUUGCUCAGGACAACGGAAAGGCAAAAUCAGACAACUGAUAGGAUCAGAGAUAGCCAUAGAACUAUGCUGGAAACAGAAGAGCUUGGAGUCUCCAUCAUGCAUGACUUGCAUCAGCAGCGCCAGUCUCUUUUGCAUGCUAAUGAUACGUUGCAUGACGUGGAUGACAACAUUGGCAAGAGCAGAAAGAUCAUGGGGGCCAUGGUGAGAAGGAUGGAUAGGAACAAGUGGAUUAUCGGCUUGCUGAUAGCCCUUCUUGUUUUAGCGAUCCUAGUAGUCCUGUAUUUCAAGUUUCUGCACUGAGGGAUUCCUUGCCAUUACCAUAUGACUGCAGUUUUCUAUGCCAACUACCUUUACAUUUUUUGUGUGUUUCACACUUUCCAUGUCAUUUUUUUGGUUUGGUUUUGCAGAACCAUUUAAUGUGGCCGUGUUUAUUGUUUUUCCUAUAAAAAAUGUUAGAUGAUUUGACAUCUUUGUAGAUAUAAAGCAGAUGUUUAUGAUGGAUAUACACAAUUCAUGA